AUGCCGGGCUCCAUUGCGCAGGCGGCGAGAGAGGGAGUACAUAAUGCUGCGAUUCCGUCGUUGGUUCUGGACAAGGCCAAACAAGGGGAUAGCAUGAUUCCCUCGAUACGCACGUUUGGCAAACUCGCCAUGGGCGGUGCGCAGAUGCUCCUGGGGAGUGGAAGCAAAGCGGCGGGAGACUUUACGCAAAACUGCCCCAUGCCGCAGCUGAGCUGUCACAACACGACUGUUGUGGACAAUCUCUGCUGCUUCAACGCCCCAGGUGGACAGCUCCUGCAAACCCAGUUCUGGGACACGGCGCCUGCCACAGGGCCAGACGAUAGCUGGACCCUCCACGGACUAUGGCCCGACCGCUGCGACGGCACCUACGAAGCCAACUGCGACCCCACGCGCAUCUACAAAAACAUCACCUCGAUUCUCUCCACCUCGGCCGCCUCCCCAACCCUCCUCUCCUACAUGUCUACCUACUGGAAGGACUACAAAGGCGACGACGAAUCCUUCUGGCAACACGAAUGGUCCAAACACGGCACCUGCAUCUCCACCCUCGAACCCCACUGCUACCCCAACCACACCCCCACCGAGGAAGUCGUAGACUACUUCCAAACCGCCGUCGACCUCUUCCACGCCCUUCCCAGCUAUACCUGGCUCGCAGACGCCGGCAUCACGCCCAGCACCACCCAGACCUACACCUUUUCCCAAAUCCAAGCCGCAAUCCAACAACACCGGCCCGGCGUGGCCGUCACUCUGGGCUGCAAAGCCCAUGCCCUCAACGAGAUUUGGUACCAUUUCGACGUCCGCGGCCCGCUGCAGUCGGGUGAGUUUGUCCCCGCCGAUCCAGAUGGGACAAAGAGUUCCUGUCCCGCAACGGGCAUUCGCUAUCUCCCCAAGCGCCCUGGCUCGGGCGCCGAGCCACCGUCAACGACGACGACGGGCGCACCGCUCCCAACCAGCACCGCGGAGCCAGAACCCAGGACCCCGUUUUCCGGCCGUGGUUUCCUAACGGUUGUGCUAGAUGGCGAGGAAAAAGGAUGCAUAAUCACAAAGGGGACGUGGUUUACCUCGGGCAGUUGUGCUACUUUUACCGCUACACCUGUCUCUUCUUCUUCCUCAUCCCCUCCUUCCAACCCCUCCGACACAGACACAGCUUCCGGCCCCUUCACCCUCUCCUCCUCCAAAGGCCCCUGCGCCAUCCUCGCUGGCGCUCUCUCUUGCUCCCACAGCGUCUCUGCCGCCACCGGCUUCACGCGUGACAACGACUUGUUGGUGGUUGGUGGCAGCUCGCGCUGGAGUGCGGAGAGGGUGCCGCGGGGGACGGCGCAGAGCGUGGUGCGUGCCGGGGGGGAGGGGCAGGUGCGGGUUGGGAUUAGCUGGAAGGCUGUUUAG